GCUUACGUGCGGGAAGCAUACAGGGUGCUUACACUAUUUUCGAAAUAUACCAUUUUUACAUAUGAUGUUACUGGUGAAAGACAAGAAAUACCAUGAAAAAUCAUGAAGUUUUGAUGCUAAGGAUAAUUUUAUUAUAUGAUUAUUUACAUCACUUUCACUAACUGGUCCUAUUUCAUUGAUUUUGUUCAAAUUUUUACUUCGAGUCCUAUCCCAUUAUCGGCUCAUCUAGUUCUGUGAAACAUAGCAAAGGCACCCCUCGUAAUUCAUCUUUUUCUUUGAUCUUUCUGCUUGCGAGCUCGCCUUGAAAAUUUUGCUCAAAAUAGACGUAAAAAUUUCGAUUUGAGACUGAACGUACCUAGACUCCAUAUUUUACUUAUUCGGGAGAUGGAUAAGAGAACACGCAGAACUGUUUGGGAAGCCAAAAAGGCAGCUAGACCUGAACUGCGAGACCUGGGUGACUGGGAGCGUUUUCAUUUCCGCGACAGUUUCCGGCCGCGCAUCGAAGAAUUGAAAGCCAAGGACAAUUGCCAUAGGGUGGAUGUGAACUCGGUGACGACGGACGAGUUUAUCGAACUAUUUGAAAAGCCUGGACUCCCCUGUGUCAUCGUGAAGGAUCAGGAUACGUGGCUGGCGCAGAAGAAAUGGACAGUCAGGAGGCUUGCCAAGAAAUACCGCAAUCAACGCUUCAAGUGCGGCGAAGAUGACGAAGGUUACUCCGUCAAGAUGAAGAUGAAGUAUUACGUGCAAUAUAUGCAUAACAACAGGGACGAUAGCCCACUCUAUAUAUUCGACAGUAGCUUUGCUGAGCAUCCGAAGCGUAAGAAGUUGCUGGAAGACUACGUUGUGCCGCACUUCUUUCAAGACGAUCUCUUCCAGUUUGCCGGUGACGAGAAGCGUCCACCUUAUCGAUGGUUCGUUAUGGGCCCGGAGCGCUCUGGAACAGGGAUCCACAUCGAUCCACUGGGAACAAGCGCUUGGAAUGCCCUCGUCCGGGGUCAUAAAAGAUGGUGCAUGUUCCCGACUCAGACGCCGAAAGAACUUGUCAAACCAUCGAUCAAUGACGGAGGAAAGCAGAGGGAUGAAGCAAUCAUGUGGUUUACUCACGUUUAUCCUCGCACCCAAGACCCAUCCUGGCCACAGGAAUUCAAACCACUUGAGAUCCUACAAGGUCCAGGUGAAACCGUCUUUGUGCCGGGAGGCUGGUGGCAUGUCGUUGUAAACCUUGAUACAACUAUAGCUGUCACUCAGAACUUCUGCAGCAGGACAAACUUUCCCGUCGUAUGGCACAAGACCGUCAGAGGGCGCCCCAAGCUUUCCAGGAAAUGGAUCAAAGCCCUUCAGAGAGAAUGGCCGGAGGUCGCCGCCAUGGCCGAAAAUGUUGACCUGUCCAAGCCCAGCGGUCUCCAGUCCGAUAGCUCCUCCGAUAGCUCCAGCUCUAGUUCCAGUGAUGACAGCGCUUGCUCCUCCUGCGAAAGCAGCGGCAAUGAAUCCGAGGCUGAAAAACGUCACGAUAAAAGAAUCAAAAGACGCAAGGUGGAGGGUGAUGACAAUGCUGAUAUACAUCAUCAGACCAUGACGCAGUAUGACCCCACAACAGGCAUGACCUACAACAGAUGACACAACCAAUCAGCAUCGAGCUUUCAUCCCGAGGCAUCAUGGGACAUCAUACCGAGUGCUUGGCAGAAGUGUGCAAACAUAUAGGCCCGUAUUCUGAACUCGGGUUUAAAUAAAACCCUGCUUUAAAGUUGUGGUAUAAGUAUGGAUAGCCAAUAGUUACAUAAAUCACUAACGGUAGAGAUAUCAUACUUCAGCUCAUUUGACUCUCAAAUCUUAAUUGUCUAGGAAAUAUGAAUAGAUAACUGUCUUUACAAUCAAAUAAUCAGGAAAGAGCAGAGCAAAUAUAAGAAACACACAAUGCAAUAAAAAAUGUUGACACUUUUGGCUUCCCAUAAUUUUAGCACAGAGUUAAACCAUGGUCUAAGUUAAACCUGACUUCAGAAUACAGGUCAUUGGGUGGUGUUCUGAUAAUUAAAUCUAGGUUUAACCCUAGUCUAAACUAGAAUUUUAAACCGCACUUCUAUGGAAUGCUGGCUUCAUAGUAUUUAUCCCAUAUUCAUUGCAAUUUAUAAUCAACAAAUCAAUUAAUACAAUUUGUUAUAUUAGGCCCUAUUGUAUUUUCCUUUUCUUCCCUUUUCACGAAUCUUGUUAUUUUUUUGACCACCUAUUACAGCAGGACGAGAAUAAUUGGUGAAUAAGUUGACAAGUGGCACUCCAUAAAAGUGUGUAAGGGUGUGUUCAAUGUCGGUUUCCAAAUUUAAACGGCAACAUUGAUCAUGAUUGAAAACUUGAUUUUAAAACACGGAUAUAAUGAGAAACAAAGGGUGUGUUCAAUGUCCACCAUUCCCGGUCGUAAAAGUAAACGUCUUUCAAAUCACGAUUCGGUGGAAAAUUUAAACGUUGAAAAAGAUGCGUUUGUCAACGCGAUCAGCUCAAAUUUACGACCUUAAGCAUCGCGAAUGCGACAUUGAACACAAUAGCGUUUUGAAACGUCUUUAAGUUUGCUCUCGCAGUGGAAGCCUACAUAAACAGGUGCCAGACCUGACCUCUUUUAAUGGGUCAAAUUGCAUGAGCACUAAUGCUGCUCUAACGAAAGCGGGAAAUUCAAAGGCGAUCAACAUAUAAACGGCUUCAUAUUUUCGACACAAGGGUGUGGCGCUGAUCGUGUUUUUGUUUGCUGUUUUGGAAUUGAGUUUUCAAUCAUGAUUUGAAAAUCAACAUUGAACACACCCUUAAUUAACCCAGUUGUAUCUAAACCAUUGCUAUCAGAAUACCACCCAUAGUGUAGUUAUUAUUAAUAUUAUUUUUUUUCAAUUCGGGAUCGUUGAAGGAGGCUGAAAUUGAUCACUGUUCAUGAUUACUUUGUUGAUUCUCGUUAGACUGUCUGGGCCCUGUCUCUCAAAAGAGCUAUGAUUGAUCCAAUCGGUCUCAACUAUGGAAAGCCAUUCAUGUCAUAAUUCUUCACACGGAAGGUACACAACAUCCGCGACUGAAAUCCUUGAUUGUGAUUGGCUGCUGCGCAUUGUUUCCAUGCAACAGGGAUUUAUAUCCUAUUCGUCUAAUGCCAAUACGUCCAAUUGCCAACUCGUCUACUACCAUUUGGUCUAUCAUCAAUUUGUCUACUAUCCACAUGGUCUUCUUUCAUUUCGUCUAAUAACCAGUUCGUCCUAUAGCCAUGUAGUCCAUAUACCAUUUGGUCUAAUUAAACUUAAGUGUUCAUUGUGCAAAAUGAAUGAAAAGAAAAUGGGUAUUAGACCAACUGGUUAUUAGACGAAAUGGUAAUUAGACGAAGUGAUGAUUGGACCAAAUGAUUGUGAGACUAAAUGUUGAUGGAGGGAAUGGCAUUAGACUAAAUGAAGGUACUCCAUGUGGUGAGUGGACCAGUUGUCAGUGGACAAAUUGGCAAUUUACCGCAGGAGAGCCACUGAGAUAUCCUGCAUCUGACAAUCCAAUUUCUCCUUAAAACAAUUUAAUUCUGCCCCAAGAUACAAAUCAAACUAUAGGCUUAUUUAUACUGAAAUGUACACUCUCCUUUUAAUACAUUUAGUAACCUCACAACGGGCAAGUAUAUUUAUAAAGACUAGCUUAAUAACACACAGUGAGUUAGAGACUAUGUGCAGUGUGGGUCAGCUCGUUCUUGCUUUGCAUUUUUUUCUUUUCCAUGUCAGCUCUGUCUUUCCUGUAUCAUGUUCACAUUUCAUCAGAUGAAAUGUUGAAUACUUGCUUUUUUGUUUGUUUUCUUGUCAGUAUUUUCUUGUUCCAAGCCAUACCAAAUGUGUAUGUACUUUAUAAAUGUUUCCAAUGUGGGUUUAGUCAGCCAUGGGUAAAUCUUUCAGGACCUCAAAAAUCUGUUCGGCACUUCAACUUUGGCAAAAUUUGACUUAGAAAAGUGAACUGCACUGGUUACAGUAUUACAGUAAGGAUCCUUAUCAAAUGGUUGAUCUCCAAUGAUUCCCAUUGACAAAAAAUAAAUAAAAUAAAAAAGAUAUAAAUACAUAAGAAAUUUCUAGAGCAAUGAAAUACAUGAGAAGAAUUUUUGAUACAACUUUUUCUUAAAUACACAUUUGACAAGAAUGUUGAUACCAAAGUUUAACCAUAUUUGAGCUAUAUUUAAAGAUACACAGCCAAAUUAUGAUCCUAUGUAUUAUUUAGCAUAAUAAUUAACACUUGAUAAGGAUCUGAAAAGGAGUGUUCAGACCAGAAUUAAAGUUAUGGAGCUAUAUUUGAAGAUUAACAGCCAAAUAAUGAUUUGAUGAAUGAAUUAGCAUAAUGAAUUAAUCAAUUUGAAUGAUUCUGGUACAAUGUAACUUUUCAAUUUUGGAGAUUACAAUAUGUGUGAAGUGUGUGCCAAUUAUCACCGUGAUGGCGCGAUCAAAGGCCAAGAUCUGGGGAGCGUUUCAUGAAAGGAAUUGUCGGACGUCUUGUGCGACAAGUCCUGUUUUUUUUCCAACAGUUAGUGCUUCUCAGCCAAUCAAAAUCAAUGACAACUUGUCGGACAAAAAAUGUUGAUGAAACGCUCCCCAAGGCCCUGUCUUACAAAGAGUUGCAAUUGAUCCGAUCAACAACAACUAUGGAAAGCCAGCCACAUCAACAUCUAAAAUCAAAGUUUGUUUCAAAUGUUUUCUAGAUAUGAUGUAUACUAAUACUUUCAUUGUUGCCUGGACAAUGUGAUGCGCUCCUCUGUUUACAAAAGAGCUUUGUGCAAGAUUUUGAUAGGGAAAUUAUAACGAUGAUGGAUUUCCAUACAGUUGAGAUUGAUUGAAUCAAUCGCAACUCUUUGUAAGACGGGACCCAGGGGCCCCGUUUCAUAAAGGACUUGCAACUGUUGUAACUUUGCCAUAAUGGCAACUACCAUGGUUACAGGGCUCGGCAGCCAAUCAUAAUCAAUGUUUCAAUGGUAGUUGCCAUAAUGGCAAAGUUACAACAGUUGCCAGUCCUUUAUGAAAUGGGCCCCAGAUCUGACAACUUUUCUUGAUUUUGAUUGGCUAAGAAGCGCUGUUACCAUGGUAACUGUCGGAUAAAAUGGGACUUGUCGGAUAAAACGUCCGACAAGUCUUUUCAUGGAAUGCUCCCCUGAAAUGGGGAGGUGGAGGGGGGGGGGGGGGUUCAAAUAAGCGGCCAGGGCUUUAUAGGCUUAAGCCCAUGUGGUAUGAGACUAUCUUGAUCGAAGACCAACUACCUGUAGACCAAGUCAAUAUAAACCUCUUUAUAUAAAUUACUACAGUAUGGUGCAUGAUGUGGAAAGUAUCCAAUAAAUCAGCAUUUUUAUUUUUGUAGACUCGUAAAAGUAUAUAAAAUGCUAAAUAAGCAGCUUGUAUACAAGGAUACAUAUAUGCAUCCUUGUAUGCAUCGUAGUGUCAUAUCAGUGUUGACAGGUGAUUUAACAAUGUACACAACGGAGUACACUGAACGCCAAACUUGUAUUAAGUUAUGGCUGGUAGCUGGUGCUAAGAUUGCCUCAACACCAGCAUUCUACACUUGACACCAAACUUAUCAUCCAGCGUACAUCACUUCUAGACCUCUUUAUGCAGUCACCUAUAGUCAAUGCAUGUUUAUAUUUGUAUUUGUGUUGAAUGUUGUAAGCUUUUUAUUUAAAUUUGCAAUAGAAUGCAAUCAGU